AGGAGGCUGAUGAAGGAGCUUGAAGAGAUCCGCAAGUGUGGGAUGAAAAACUUCCGUAACAUCCAGGUCGAUGAAGCUAAUUUGCUGACUUGGCAAGGGCUCAUUGUUCCCGACAACCCUCCCUAUGACAAAGGGGCCUUCAGAAUUGAAAUCAACUUUCCCGCAGAGUACCCCUUCAAACCACCGAAGAUCACAUUCAAAACGAAGAUCUACCACCCGAACAUCGACGAGAAGGGGCAGGUCUGUCUGCCGGUAAUUAGUGCUGAAAAUUGGAAGCCAGCAACCAAAACCGACCAAGUCAUCCAGUCCCUCAUAGCUCUGGUGAACGACCCCCAGCCCGAGCACCCGCUCCGGGCCGACCUAGCUGAAGAGUACUCUAAGGACCGUAAAAAAUUCUGUAAGAACGCUGAAGAGUUUACAAAGAAAUAUGGGGAAAAGCGACCUGUGGACUAAACGCUGCCGCGAUGGGUUCCAGCAAGAGUGAGCAGAGACCCCGAGCAGUGCAUUGAGAUCCCGCAAAGCAGGACUCUGUGGAAAAUCGACGCGUGCCACCGCCUGGCGUCUGCUUGUGGCAGUUACUAACUUUCUACAGUUUUCUUAAUCAGAAGUGGUCUAGGUAACCUGUAAAGAAAGGAUUAAAAAUUUAAGAUGUUCUAGUUCUGCUUUCUUUGUUUUAAAAAUCACUGCUUCAACCUACUUUUAAAAAAUGGUGUUUCUUUUCCUGUCCAAAUUUAUCCAAAAUCAAUUUACAUUUAGGCCAUAAGGUUUAAAAAAGGGGGGAGGGGAGGCUGUGGUUCCUCUCCCCAGGCCCGGCCCCACCUCCACUGGCAGGGGCGGCCCCGCCUCCAGGCCCCUCUGCUCCACCCUGGCUGGCCUGGUGUGGGAGUCAGUGCAGACUCCUGACUCUGAUUUAUAGCCUCCUUUUGAAAACACCAAGAAACAAGCAAACCUCCACUCCAACCCCCAACCAAAAACAAACAAACAAACAAACCCCAUGGAAAGGGGAGGUCUAGCUCUUCUGUAAAACCCUGGCUGACGUUACCCCUGUGACGCGGGCCGGCUGGGAUGAACCUCCAACCGCCGGCCCGUGGAGGUCGGCCGGAGGACAGCGCACCUGUGGGAGGAAGUCCUCGCCAGGGAGGCGGUCCUCCCUGCAUCCCCUCCAGAAGACAUCAGGUCUCCCUUCGGACAAGUGCUGGCGUGUCCACGUGCAGGCUGGCGGUCGCCUGUCGCCGCCGAGUCCACCGACGUGGCUUGGAGCUCCUCCUCCGCCUCCUGAGUGCAGCCGCCCUUCCUCAGCUCGUCUGACCCUCCGCUAACGCCAGUGACGCCGCGCCAGCCCGGGGCCGCCGGCGACCCCAGCCAGGAACAGGAUGGCCCCCCUCCAUCGGACUCUCCACCUUCUUGGAGUCAGGCUCCAUGUGAAGCUCGCUCAGUAAUCUCCUUGACAUGUUUUAUAUUGUUUUGACCGCCUUCUUUUGUAGAAAUAAAAAUUGACCUUAGAAUUUAUCGUCA